UGCAGUGGAUGACAGAUCAUUCACAUCCAGUCUGGUCGUAUAGACUCGAGUCAGCCACAAGAUGAUUGGCCUGAUUGUUGUCAUGCUCCUGGGCGCUGCAGCUGCAGCACCUACGGAUGAUAGGAUUGUGGGUGGCUACCAGUGUGAAGCCCAUUCUCAACCCUGGCAGGUGUCUCUCAACAUUGGCUACCACUUCUGCGGCGGCUCCCUCAUCAAUGACCAGUGGAUUGCCUCUGCUGCCCACUGCUGGCAAAACCCCUUUUCCCAGAUUGCCGUCUUGGGUGACAACCACAUCUGGAUGAACGAGGGCACGGAGCAGUUCAUGUCAGUGGAUGCCAUCUACUGGCAUGAGAGUUACGACUACCAGACCAUGGACUACGACAUCAUGCUGAUGAAGCUGGCGCACCCCGUCACCGUGAACCAUUACGUCAAGCCUGUCGCCCUGCCCAAAGCCUGCCCCACACCUGGGGACAUGUGCACAGUGUCUGGAUGGGGCAACAUCUACACUGAUCAAGUGUUCAACCCGUUUUACCUGCAGUGUGUGGACGUCCCCAUUCUGUCUAACAAGGACUGCGAUGGUUCCUACCCCGGCAUGAUCACUGACCGCAUGGUGUGCGCUGGAUACCUGGAGGGAGGCAAGGAUGCUUGUCAGGGUGACUCUGGUGGUCCUCUGGUGUGUAAUGGAGAGCUGCAAGGUAUUGUCUCCUGGGGCCAGGGCUGCGCUCAACCCAACUACCCGGGUGUUUACACCAAAGUCUGCUCUCUGAUGCCCUGGAUCAACGAUAUUCUCUCCAGAUACACCUAGGCUGUGAGCUCCCAUCACAGAGCUACGUGGGAGAGGGGAAACCAGAGGGAGAUUUAAACUGAGAGAGUCAGGAGGUGGUGGUGGGUAGUGUCAAAAAGAAAAGCAGUGGGAGAGCAGCUGGGAGCCAUGAUGACAAA